AUGAAAAAUGUGUGUGUUUUUGUAUUGCAGGCAUCGCCAUGUACUGGAAAAGCAAUUUGACAUUGAUUAUCUCAUGAAGGCUAAGUCUAUUAGAGAGUUUGACACAAGAUUUACCUCAGUGAUGUUUGGUUAUCCGACAAAUGAUCACUAUUACAAGGAUGCUAGUCCUUGUCACAGGGUGAAAUCAAUUGAGAUACCAGUAUUGUGUCUGAAUGCUGUGGAUGAUGUCUUUUCUCCUGGUCAUGCAAUACCAGUGGAAAGUGCCAAACAAAAUCCAAACGUUGCUCUGGUACUUACUGCCUAUGGAGGCCACAUUGGAUUCCUGGAAGGCAUUUGGCCAAGACAGCAAACUUACAUGGAUCGUAUUUUCAAGCAGUUUGUCCAAGCAAUUUUUGAGCAUGGCAAUGAAAUUUCAAGCAUGUAG